AGACCUGGCGCGACCAGCACUACCUUCUCGGGCACAAACUCUGAGCUCACUCAACCAGGCGCUCAGUUUUCGGCUGUCCGCAGCCCAAACUACAGAACAAUGUUGUGGCUGGGAAUAUUUUUGCUGUUUGUUUACGCGGCCGAAGGACAAGUCAGCCCUUCCUGCGUCUCGCUGGGCGGUUCAUACGGCAACUGCGGCUCCCAGGCUGAGUGUCCUGCUUACCAGAGUCUCGUCAGCCAGAGGAACCAACCUUCAGUACAACCCUUCUUCAACACGCCGUUGGGAGAGCAGUUGCUGAACUACGUCUCGAGAUGCUGCCCUUCAGUCUCUUCGAAGCCUUUCAUCCCAACCGAGGAAGAAUGCGGCUUCUCUGAGCCUUCAGGUCCUCCGGACGAUCUUCAGAGGCGCGGUGCAUGGCCAUGGUUUGCUGCCGUUGGAAAACCUUUCCAAAACACCUUUCUUGCAAUAUGUGGAGGAUCCCUUAUCACACGUCGCCAUGUUCUCACAGGCGCUCAUUGCAUCACAUAGACCUGGUCGUCCUGAACCACAUUGAUCCAGGAUAUAGUACAACUACUCACAGAGACGACAUAUCCAUCUUGACUCUGGAAAGGGACGUUGAAUUCAAUGACUUCAUUCGGCCAGCCUGUCUUCCUUUCAAUUACCAGAACGAGGAAUUUCUGACUCAACGUCUUGCUGUUGUUGGCUAUGGCCGUUCUGCCCCCGAUGGCGAGGGUUCGAAAGUACCAGUUUCAGCUGUGCUUUCCGUGGUCGAUUUGGGCACAUGUCAAGCCAAGUAUGACCGCCUGAAUCACAAAGUCACCCUCACGGACUCGCAGAUAUGUGCAGGCAGCGAAAAUGGAGACUCCUGUGGCGGUGACGGCGGCGGGCCUCUCAACUACUUCGACGUCAACACCCGCAGGUUCUACGUCGUUGGCAUAGUCUCGCUCGGCGUCGGGUGCGGCAACACAGACUUCCCCGGAAUCUACACACGAGUGGGCGCCUACCUCCGUUGGAUCAAGAACAAUAUAGAGUGAGAAACUCUCCGACGCAGCAAUGAUUGUUGCUGGUUGUUCUGUUGCUGAAUUUAUGUCAGAUUUUUAGAACCUGGAAUUCGAGGAGUUUUUCAUAAAUGACUUUUUUUCUGAUUAUUCAACGUAGUCUAUUCUUUUACCUUAUUCCCGACACAAUAUCCUGUUUUUGAAUGGCAAAAAUGUUCUGCAUAUAAAGACAGAUAAAGGAAAUUCACUUUAGGUAGUUAAUAAUAAAUCAUGAAAAAUCCGU